AUGAUGCCGACGCAACUAGUGGGUCAGGAUAAUGCAAAUGAUGUCCGAGUUAAGACUGUUUACAGCGGCGAUGUGUUCAUUACUUACAUCAACCACAACAUCUCGCUACAAGAGUUUACACAUGAGAUGAUGGCAAUAUGCAGAUUUCCACCCGACCAGGUUUUCACCAUGAAAUGGGUGGACGAGGAAGGUGACCCUUGCACCAUUUCCACUCAACUGGAACUUGACGAGGCGCUGAGGCUUUACGAGCUGAACAGAGAUUCGGAGCUAACUGUACACGGUAAAUGA